UAAGGCAAAGACGAGGGAAGUCAGUGUCUAGGAGUCAGUUUUCUCUGUGACGAGAGCUGUAACAGCUGUGAAAAACACUUCAGCAGUGAUGGAUUCUUCUGAUAUUCAAAGGAAAAAUAUAGCUAUCAUUGGUGGUGGCUUGGUUGGAUCAUUAAAUGCAUGCUUCCUUGCCAAGAGGAAUUUCCAAGUUGAUAUAUAUGAAGCUAGAGAAGACAUCCGAGUGACUAAAUCUGCACGUGGAAGAAGCAUUAAUUUGGCCCUUUCUUAUAGAGGACGACAAGCCUUGAAAGCCGUUGGCCUGGAAGAUCAGGUUGUAGCCUAUGGUAUCCCCAUGAGAGCAAGAAUGAUACAUUCUCUUUCAGGAAAAAAGUCUGCUAUCCCCUAUGGGACAAAGUCACAGUAUAUUCUUUCUAUAAGCAGAGAAAAUCUAAACAAGGAUCUACUGACGGCUGUUGAGAAAUACUCCAAUGCAAAAGUGCACUUUGGCCACAAGCUGGUGAAAUGUAAUCCUGAGAAAGGAGUAAUCACAGUUCUUGGACAGGACAAAGUUCCCAAAGAUGUCACCUGUGACCUCAUUGUAGGAUGUGAUGGAGCCUUUUCCACUGUUAGAACUCACCUCAUGAAGAAACCCCGCUUUGAUUACAGUCAACAAUACAUUCCUCAUGGGUACAUGGAGCUGAGUAUUCCACCUAAGAAUGGGGAUUAUGCCAUGGAACCUAAUUAUCUACAUAUUUGGCCAAGAAAUACCUUUAUGAUGAUUGCACUUCCUAACACGAACAAAUCUUUCACGUGUACUUUGUUCAUGCCUUUUGAAGAGUUUGAAAAACUGCUAACUAGUCGUGAUGUGCUGGACUUCUUCCAGAAAUACUUUCCGGAUUCCAUCCCUCUAAUUGGAAAGCAAGCCCUCGUACAAGAUUUCUUUCUGUUGCCUGCCCAGUCUAUGGUAUCCGUUAAGUGCUCUUCUUUUCACUUUAAAUCACAUUGCUUGUUGAUGGGAGAUGCUGCCCAUGCCAUAGUGCCCUUUUUCGGGCAAGGAAUGAAUGCGGGCUUUGAAGACUGCUUGGUAUUUGAUGAAUUAAUGGAUAAAUUCAAUAAUGACUUUAGUAUGUGUCUUCCAGAAUUCUCAAGAUUUAGAGUUCCAGAUGACCAUGCAAUUUCAGACCUAUCCAUGUACAAUUACAUAGAGAUGCGAGCACACGUCAACUCAAGGUGGUUCAUCUUCCAAAAGAACAUAGAGAGACUUCUUCAUGCUAUUAUGCCAUCUACCUUUAUUCCUCUUUAUACCAUGGUCACCUUUUCCAGAAUAAGAUACCAUGAAGCAGUGCUGCAUUGGUACUGGCAGAAAAAGGUGAUAAAUAGAGGACUUUUUCUCUUUGGAACACUGAUAGCUGUCAGUGGUACUUACCUACUUAUGCGCUACAAAUCACCGAGACCCCUGGACUACUUGAGAAGACCAUCAGAGUGGGUCACUUACUUCCAGAAUACAACAUGUUUCCCUGUAAAUUCCUUGGAGUCACUAGAACAAAUUCCCUGUCAUUAGCAAGUGAUAAAAAGAUCCUGAAGUAGCAAAUAUUUGAUUUCUCUGUAACCAGAACAGGAACAAAAUCAUGUUUCCAUUAUCAUUUAAUUCACUAAUGGAAGAUAUUUAUCAGCUUAUAAUCAAAUUCAAUGUAGAAUUUCUCUGCAAGUUUAUUGUAAUUAUUGAAAAAAUAACCCAUCACUUUCAGUUGUAAAAUGCAGUUUUCCCACAGCACUAUUGUUAGGUCAGAUCAUUCUAAAUAUAAAAGCACAAUGACUAAGGUCUCUUUCACUUCUCAAAAAGUAAGGCCCUAGAGACCUCAAGAAGUCACGAUCAUACUUUUCUUUAAAGGACUUAAUAGAAAUCAUGAUAGGAUUGACUUAACACUUGGGACUAAAAGUCACAAUUUGCCUAAUGGAUUAGUAGUAGUUGUACUUUUCAUCACUUGGAUGAAACUUAUUCAAACACAGGGCUCAGAUUUUCUUGCUAAAACUAGAAGUAUAAAUAAACAAAGGGGGCUUUCUCAAGAGUUUAAAAUGAAUCAGUUUUAUUUCCCAGUCUUCAAAUGCCAGUAUUACAUUCUGAGGAUUUUUAAAAUUUAUUUUUUAAUUAAAAAAAUUUUGUGGUAAAAGUCAUAAUAUAAAACAUACUAUUUUAACCAUAUUUAAGGCUAUUAAAGCCAUACUAAGUAAAGGAUAGGAAGAGUCUUAUAAAUUAAAUAUCUAUAUACAUAAAGGCGGAAACAGUUUCAUAGAAAGAUGAAGCCAUGUUUAUUCCAUUUCAGAAGUAACUUAAUAACAUUCUUAAACUAUAUACUGCAAAACCAGGGAUAAACUUGAUGUUUAAUAGUUCAAUUAGAACACUAGAUUGUGAAUCAGAAAAGCAAAGCUCUGGUCCAAGAUUCAAUAGAAACUAAACGUGUGACAUUGGACAUGUUUUUAACAUCUCUGGGCCUCUGUAUUAUUUCUAAAUCAUUGGAUAUACUUUGUUAAAUGCAUUAAUUAUCUUCCAGGAAAUUAUUAUUCUUCCAAAUCAUGCAAUUUUACAUUUCUUUUGAGAAUGUCAGUAAUUUUCACAGAAAUACUAAAGUUUCAGAAUCAUUGACAAUUAAAACAAGGCCUGGAAAAGCUUUUUUUUUUUCCUCCUAAAAUCUCCACCAAGUACCUUCAAGCUAUAUCACUCAAUUUUAAAGAAAUGUAUGCAAUUAGACAACUUAAAUUUUUAUGUGGAGAACUUUUGUCUUUUCUAAAUUAUAUAGACAUUCUCAUUUGCACUGACAGUUGGAAUUUGUUUUUGUUGUUAUACAUGAUCUUAGGUUGUUAUAACUUAGAGUAUCAACUUAAAUAUGAUUUAGAAAUACAAGAAUAAAGAACAAUUCAGAGAAAACAAAAAAUAAAUCUGUUUCUUCAAAAACAAAGCAAGAAAGUUCAUUUAGUGAAUGCUUUUUUGGUUCUUCCUUCUUCAGUAGGCCAACUGGAUCAUUUAGCAGUCUUUCAAGUGGUGGCUCAGACGGUAAAGCGUCUGUCUACAACGUGAGAGACCUGGGUUCGAUCCCUGGGUUGGGACAAUUCCCUGGAGAAGGAAAUGGCAACCCACUCCAGUACUCUUGUCUUGAAAAUUCCAUGGAUGGAGAAGCUUGGUGCAGGCUACUAUCUAUGGGGUCGCAGAGUCAGGCAUGACUGAACGACUUCACUUUCUUUCAAGUGUGAUUAAUUAUGAAGAUGCAACACCACUAGAAUAGUCAUGUAAGAAAUAAAAAUUAGGAAAUGAAAUGAUUCACUUACUUUCCUACAUUGUCAAAGAAAUCCUUGAGUCCUAACAAUCCAUGUUUAGUCUAAAUAAUGACUAUGAAAAAAUGGCCUCUUCAGUAGCUCUGACCACUUUUUAUGCAGUGGAUUUGUUGAAAAGCAAUGAAGAUUAAAUAACACAUUUCAUGAAUACAGCCCUACAGUUACUUCAUUCUUCUUCAAAUGUAGCUUUGUUUGGUUUCUGCUGGAACCUUUUCUCUAAAUCUAGAAUUCUUGGAAAAUUAUGAGAAAUCACUAGGAGGAGAGGCUAAUCCUACUAUGUUCAUAUUUGAAAUGAAAUAGAUGGAGACAUCUAUCUUCCAUCAACACCAGCUUUACCAUGUACAUCCACUGCUAAUGUAUGAUUGCCUAUAAAUCUUGAUCACCUUGAAAUUCA